UGUAGUUGUGGGUGGUCAUUGUUUUGGUUUUCCGGCACUCUGCAUGUUUAAAUCAUCUCUUUAGUAAAUCAUUUGUAGAAUAAUCGAUUCGGAUAAAUUUCUGCACCAAGGCGAUGCUUUUCAAAUUAAUUCCUCGUCGAAGCUUCUCAACAACCACCCACAAUGCGAAGUCAUUCGCCAAAUGGCACCGUGGGCUAUGGCAAUCCAAAGGGUCCAGCGAACCCCCUUAUGAUCAUGUAACACAGGUCGGGGAUCCGGUGCUGCGGCGCAAAGCCGAUCCGGUACCCUCGGACAUGGUUACUUCACCGGAGGUUAAAUUUCUGGUUAAAAAUAUGAUCGACGUCAUGCGAAAGUAUAAGCUGGUCGGACUGGCCGCCCCUCAGAUCGGUAUAUCGUUGCGGAUUUUGGUGAUGGAGUUCGACGAUAGAUCUUUGAGUCAGUACACUGACGCUGAGCGAAAAAUCAAGGAAAUGCAGAAACUGCCGUUAACUGUAUUCAUUAAUCCUGAACUGAAGGUAACCAAAUUUGAGAAGAAAAGUUUCAUUGAAGGAUGUGGCAGUGUCAAGGGAUACAAUGGAGAAGUUGCUCGGUAUGUUGAGGUUUUGUUGAGUGGACUAGAUCAGGAGGGCAGCAGUAAGGAGUUGAUCCUAAACGGAUGGAAUGCUCGAAUAGCUCAGCAUGAAAUGGAUCAUCUCAAUGGAAUCAUCUACACCGACAUAAUGAAACGUGAUACCUUUUCAUGCAGCAUCUGGCACUCCAUUAACGAACACAACGGAAGAGUUAGACUCUCUUUUCACGAGUGAUGAAGAAAGAACCAAAAUAUUUUAAGUAGAUAGUGUUUAAAAAUGAAAAA